CAGCACAAGCCCUUUGUCUUGAACAGGCUUUUAGGUGACCUCGGGUCUGCGCAGUGAACAUUCAUAGCAGUAACGCUUCUGCAAGACUUUAUGUACAUAAGAGGGCAGGGAUCUGUUCAUUGCCUCUGUCCCAGGAGCCAUUCGUAACUGUUCAGCUACCAUUAAUUCAACUUGCACCUACCUUCAUCUACUACAUGUAUUGUAUUUCCUCACUGCAUGAUCUGGAACCAGCCAUGGGGGAUCUUCGGUUCACCCGCCACCUUGCACGCACAACGGAUUUGUUCUGCACCAGUGAAAGCAUAAAGUUAAUUGUCUUCUGCUCUAAGAGUGGCAUAAGCCAGGCUCCAGGUGGUGUGCAUGUCUCAUACCUUGUGCAUCUUCUCUUUCUCUGCAGUACCGGCAGCACAAGAACACAGAGAUUACUGUUGCAACCCAAGUAAUGUUCUGCUGAACAAGGCAGUUGUUCACGGCCUUCCUCUGACUCCCAGUUCAACUUUUAGUAACAUCCUGUGGAGACAAGCAGAGAGAGCUGGGCUUGUUCAGCCUGGCCAAGAGAAGGCUCUGGGGAGAUCUUAGAGCAGCUUCCAGCACCCAAAGGGCCCAACAAGAAAUGGGGAGAGGGGCUUUUGUCAAGAGCAAGUAGGGACAGGAGAAGGCGGAAUAGCUUUAAACUGACAGAGGGGAGAUGUAGAUAAGGUGAAAGAAGUUCUUCCCUGUGAGGGUGCUGAGGCUGUGGCACAGGUUGCGCAGAGGAGCUGUGGUGCCCCAUCCCUGGCAGUGUUCAAGACCAGGUUGGAUGGGGCUUGCAGCAACGUGGUCUAGUGCAAGGUGUCCCUGCACACGUCAGGAGGCUGGAACUGGAUGUGAUCUGUAAGGUCCAUUCCAGCUAAAACCAUCCUGUGGUUCUAUGAUUUUCAGGUACACCAUCCUGGAAGAGCAAGCAUCUUUCCCAUUCAAGCAGUAAACUUUUGCCUCUAAUAUGCCAGUGAUUUCAGUAGAUUCAGGUUCUGGUGAAGCAUGCAGGGCAAUUUGCGGCAUUUGCUCCUGUGAACACUCUGAAAAAUCCACUGUGUAGUUUGGAGGGAAAUACCAUGUCCUGAAUGCAGGAUAUAGCAGAAUGUUUUAUACUUAAAGUCAAUCUAUUUGCUGAAUUUUUAGCAUUUGGCCCCUUGCGAUUUGCCCUGUCCAAAGCUUCCAGUCCUGCCUGUGACUUGUCUGGAUUCUCAUUUUAUUGCAGCUGAAGAUGGGAUUGUGAGCACGAAUGAAGACAGUGCCCAUCAAGGCAUCCCCCGGCCAGUGGAGCCCAAGGGUUUCUGCUCAGGACUCUCCGAGGAGAACAGUUCCCAGGGUCCUGCACAGGACCCUGUUCUGCCACGCAGGUCAGAAAGGAUUCAGAGUUCUCUGGGGAAGAGGCCAAGCCGAGCGGCACUGUGUGGAAAAAGCUCCAGGAGGCUGCCGGAUGUUAUCCAGCAGAGAAACACUUCCAUGGGGAAACUGACAAUACAUGGGGAGUGCGGGAAGAGUUUCCAGGUGAUCUCCAACCUCAUCCAGCAUCAGAGAAUCCACACCGGAGAAAAACCCUUCUCCUGCACCGAAUGUGGGGAGAGUUUCCAGCACCGGUCACAUCUCGUCCAGCACCAGAUGAUCCACACAGGGGAGCGGCCCUACGAGUGCUCCGAGUGCGGGAAGAGGUUCCGAGAGAGCUCGAAGCUGAUCCGGCACCAGGUAACCCACACCGGGGAGAAGCCUUACAAGUGUGGUGAGUGUGGGAAGAGCUUCUCUGACAACUCGCAGUUCAUCCAGCACCAGUGGGUGCACACUGGGGAGAAACCCUACGAGUGUAGGACCUGCGGGAAGAGCUUCAGCGUGAGCUCAAAGCUGAUCCAGCACCAGCGGGUGCACACUGGGGAGAAACCCUACGAGUGCGUGACCUGCGGGAAGAGUUUCAGCGUGAACUCAGCCCUGACACAACACCAGUGGGUGCACAACAGGGAGAAGCCCUACAAGUGUGCCGAGUGUGGGAAGAGCUUCUCCCAGAGCUCGAAGCUCAUUCAGCACCAGCGGGUGCACACGGGGGAGAAACCCUACGAGUGCAGGACCUGCGGGAAGAGCUUCAGCUUGUCCAUAGCCCUGACACGACACCAGCGGGUCCACACUGGGGAGAAACCCUACGUAUGCAGGACCUGCGGGAAGAGCUUCAGCGUGAGCUCAACUCUGACACGACACCAGCUGGUCCACACCGGGGACAAGCCCUAUGAGUGCUCAGAGUGCGGCAAGAGCUUCAGCGUGAGCUCAAGGCUGAUCCAGCACCAGGUAACCCACACGGGGGAGAAGCCCUACAAGUGUGCCGAGUGCCCGAAGAGGUUCUAUGAGAACUCACAGCUUGUCCGGCACCAGCGGGUGCACACUGGGGAGAAGCCUUACAAGUGUGCUGAGUGCGGGAAGAGUUUCUCUGACAACGUGCAGCUCAUCCAGCACCGGCGGGUCCACACCGGGGAGAGGCCCUACGCCUGUGCCCACUGUGGGGUCAGCUUUCGACAGAGUGGCCACCUCACCGAGCACCUGCGCAUCCACACCGGGGAGCGUCCCUACGUCUGUGCUGAGUGUGGAAAGGGCUUCAGAGGGAGCUCGGCGCUCUUCCGGCACCAGCAGACCCACAGGGGUGGGGAGCCCUAGGUGGGGGGAGUUUGGGGAGCAGUGAGGUCUGAUACCCUGGGAGCAAAGCCCGGUGUCUCCCACUCCCAUUGACCACCCUGCUUGUGGAGGGUGAAAGCAGUUUCUUCCUAGGAGAAUGAGCCCUCAGAGAUGAAGAAGAGGAGAGGUGGUGGAGGGAGCUGAUUGGAGGUUUGGGGCAGGUGCCAGGAGGAAGGUGCGUGACUCUUUUCAGUGGUGGGCAGCCCCAGGAUGAGGAGCAGUGGGCAUGAACUGAAACAGAAGAAGUUUCACCUGGACAUGAGAAAGAACUUGUUCUGUUGCAGUGUCAGAGCACUGAAGAGGCUGCGUAGGGGGAUGUGGAGGCUCCCUCUCUGGGCACAUCCAAGGCCUGCCUGGACACGUUCAGGUGCCUCUGCCCUGGCAGGGCUGGGACCGGGUGACCCCAGGGUCAGCUCCCAUGGCUGGUGCCGCUCGCAAUGACCCCACACAAUAAACGUCCGUUGAACGCUG